AAUUGCAGCUGUAAUUCAAUUGAUUUAAACAGUAGUGAUAAUACAAGAGAUAUUCAUUAUAAUACGAUGGUGAUUUCCAUUAACCAGUUUUCAACGCAAGAUUAUUUCAUUGGAAAGUGUUAAUCAUCGAGAAAUCAACACUAAAUUACUUCAACUUGCAGUGUGAUUUGACGAAUUGAGUAAAGUGCAAAAACACUUGAAGUAAUCGUGACAUUUUUACGUAUAGGCAUAAAUGUCAAAACCCUGCCAUAAUGUUCAGCUAUGCAUGUUGCUGAGGUUUGCUGAUUGCUGAAUAAACAGCAAUCGAUCUCUCUGGUUUUGAUCGUCAACGCGAACAGACACUUUAACACAAUAGACCAGCAUUCGUGGCUACAACUCAUAUUCUCCUUAAUUUCAUUUUUCAUGGAUUUCAUCACUGUGAUUAACACAUUGAUCUAUUAUGGCAAAGUGAUACAGCGAACACUUAAAAAAAACUAUAAAAUACAGGUCAGAUUUCAUUUACGAGCAAUGCAAUCAUUUGCAUUCUUCCAAUUCAAUAGUUCAUGUACACCGUCUGUAUUUUGCUUGCUUACCUCACUUUGAUUCAUUCAAUGGAAGUCACGUGCUUAAUGCGAAACAUCGGAGCAAAACAAAGGCAGAAAUGCUGAGGUCGCGAAUGAACUUAAGGUCGAUUUACAGCGCCGAAUAGAUGAACUACCCAUCUAUAUAUCAAAAUGUACUAUCUAAUUUCAUGCAGAUGCAUGUUCAUAAGUGUAAACCGUGUGAUCUAUUUAUUUUCUACAGCACGAUUUUUAUGGCAUCUAGGUAAAUAUAAUGGCAAUAUUUACACAACCAAAAUCAAAAUUCUAUACAUGCAAACUAAAUUAAAAUAAAAUAAAAUAAACUGAUAAGGCGGAAAUGAAUUUAGCUUAUCGAUUAUCAACGAAAUGAAUUUUGACGUUCCGAAUUCACUGACGCACAAUGAUGCAAUGACAUUGCACAAUGGUCCAGUUUCCGAGUUUAGCAUGGUAAAAAUUAAUAGUAAUCAGGAACAUAGUUUUUGAAGUCUGCCAGAGUGAUAUGACGACUAAUCUAAAGACACAACACGAUGCGGGGAUUUUCGUCUAGGUAAACGUAUAUUCUAGACCAGUGUGCUUCGUAUCCAUAUAUGGCACUAUUUUUGUAGUUUUGUUUUGUCCGCAAAUUGAAUGAAGCUUAAAAUUUGAACUACGAUAGUUACGAUCGGUUUCUAGUGAUAAGAUUCUAGGAGCAACAACCAAAUUUUUCAAAUAAUAAGAUUUUUUUUACAUAUACGAUUGUUAGGUAUAAUUUUCGAGCCUCCAACAAUGGACAAAAUCAAUGAACUUCCACUCGAGAUUUUAGAGCACAUUUUUCAUUACCUGCCCUUCAAAACAUGGAAGAUCUGCUGGUCAGUAUGCAGUCUUUGGUACCGCAUUUUGCGCGGUACACAUUUCCAACGUAUAUAUUGUUUAUCUAUGAACCGCACAUUCGAACCACAGUUGUCGGAACUGGAAAAACGGAUUUUUCCAAGUUUUAGGAACAUCGCGCUGGUUCAAUGGGUCCAUCGUGAUGACGACGAUGAUGAUGAUUACGAAGAAAGACGCUUAGAACCGGUUGAAAAGGAUGAGGUCACUUCCCUAAAGUAUCUUUUCGAACCGACUCCGGAGAAAAAUAUAAGCGAACUGUUAUUUAGCCUUGAGCUAGAUUUCGAAAGCCUAGAAUUGUGUAGUUCAUUUGGCAGCGGUCGAGAUAUUAUUGGCAAUCGGUUACGAGAAAUAAAAAACCUGCGGGAGCUUAUUUUGAACAUGUACGUGAGUCACAACCAAACAUCGGACCAAGAGCUAUGGCUAAUUGAGCAUGAUCGAAUCGAAACACUCAAAAUCGAUCUAACUGUAACCAAAAUAAAUAUUGACGCCAAUUUGCCUAAUUUAAGAACACUUGCUUUGCUUACCGAUUGCUACUGGGCCUUUCAUAUAAUCGAAAAACACUGCACCCAGUUGGAAUCGCUAGAAGUUCAAUUUCACAGUCCUGAAACAAUGAACAAUAUGCUGUCCCUAAAGUUUUCAGCGAUGACCAAUUUGCAGGCACACUUGUACAGGGAUAAAUUUGUUCAGGAAAACUACAAACAAACUCAAAACGGGUAUAUGCACAACAAAAAGGAAGAAAUGUUUAUCAAAAACAUGCCAAAACUGAAGACACUCUACGUUGAAAGUAAUCUUCUGCUAUACCGUAUUGCAGAACCUCUUUCACGGUUCGCCCAUCAGCUGGAGGAACUAACUCUGGAGUGUCAACAAAUUGAAUUUCUACAGUUGAAAGCAAUCGAAUCCAUGCCCAACCUAAAAGUGCUAAAUUUACUCUACUGCAGAAUAGCUUCGACCAGAAUUUUACCAACUGUAACUAUGCCUUUGCUAGAGAAACUAACGUUAAUCAACAAUGAGUCACAUGUGAUAUUCGAUAAUGGCCUUUGUAAUUUAAAAUCACUAAAGGUAACGUUCUGGACCAGGAGCAGUCACAAGGCAUUACACAAAAUUUGCAAAAAACUAUUCAACUUGCAAAAAUUGGAAUUACUUGUGUAUUCAAAGCUAGCUAAUACAGCUUUUCGCGAGCUGCACAAUCUGACGAAGCUGACUACGUUCCGAAUCGGCAAAUGCGAAUUGAAAGCGAUUCAUUGGAGCCAUUGUUCUGCCUUACCAAACUUGCGGAGGAUAGUGCUAACCGAUUGUCGGCUGGAGCUGUCUGCGCUGUUAAAUGCUCCGUUAGCAACCAUAUUUCCCGGGCUGAGGGAAUUCUAUUUCAAAAGUUGUGCUAUAGGUUAUAGUAAAAAGAGUAACAUAGCCGUCAGUUUCAAUAGUGAUGACGAAGCUAGACAGUACUGCCUACAACAGCUACGAGCGAUUCUUCCGGAUUGUGGAAUUUCUCUGCAUGACUCGUUAUUUGGAUGAAAAAUACGUGAUAAAAAUUGUGAUAUAUGUUA